CACAGACCCAACGACGCUUUCACCCAACAGACCUCACACACUCACUAUUGCCUCACAUAUCCUUCUCCUCAACACGUGAAUCUCUGCGCAUCAAACGAACAAACCCCUCCCCCAACACACACACACACACACACAAACAUGUCCCCCACGACCAACCCCCCUCACAUCGCAAUAAUAGGCGCAGGCAUAACAGGCCUAACCCUAGCAGCCGGCCUCGAGGCCCGCGGGGUCCCCUACACGGUCUACGAGCGCGCCCGCACGCGCGAGGCCAUCGGCUCCGGCGGCGCGGGCAUCGGCCUCAGCCCCAACGCGGAGCGGGCGCUCAACCUCCUGUCGCCCGCCGCCGCCGAGGCGUACGAGGGCGUCGCCAACCCCAACGGCGAGGACUACUUCCAGUGGGUCGACGGGCUGAGCCGCGAGGUCUACUACAGGCUGUUCGUGGGCGAGGGCAGGUUCCGCGGGUGCCGGCGGGCGGACCUGCUCGAGGAGGUGCUGGGGCGCCUCCCCGGGGGGCGGGUCGUGUUUGGGAAGGCCUUGAGGGAGGUGAGGGACGGGCGUGAAGGGGAGGGGGAGGGGGAGGGGGAGGGGGAGGGGGUGAGGCUCGUGUUUGAGGAUGGGACGGAGGAGGCUGCUGAUGCGGUAAUCGGCUGCGACGGCAUCCGCUCCCGCCUGCGCACCCUCCUCUUCGGCGCCGGGUCCGCAGCAACAUACAGCAGGAAGUACUCGUUCCGCGCCCUGAUCCCCAUGGAGCAGGCCGCCGCCGCCCUCCCGCAGCACAUGAUCAACACGCGCUACAUGUACAACGGCCCGGGCGCCCACGUGAUAACCUACCCGGUGGCAAACAGCACCGUCCUCAACGCCCUCGUCGUCGUGUCCGACCCGAGCCCGGAGUGGCACCCGCCCGCGGGCACCAGGAACCCGCACGUCGGCGUCGCGACGGCCGAGGAGGCCCGCGCCGCGUUCGAGGGGUGGCACCCUGACAUCCGGGCCGUCGUGGGGCUGCUGCCGCCGGCCGAGAUGGACAAGUGGGCUAUCUUCGACAUGGUGGAGAACCCCGUGCCGCGGUAUCACGGCGGGGGGUCAGAGACGGAGACAGAGGGGGCCAGGGGUGUGGGUGUUGGUGUUGGUGUUGGUGCUGGUGCCGGCAGGGUGACAUGCCUCGCCGGCGACGCUGCGCACGCUUGCGGGCCGCACCUCGGCGCCGGGGCCGGGUUCGGCAUCGAGGACGCGUACCUGCUGGCGGAGCUGUUGCUCACGGUAGUCCAGGAACAGGAGGGUGUUGUCGACGGCGUUGGCGCGGACGGCGGGAAGCCCUCGACCAAGACGACGCUCGGGCAGAGGCUGGCCGCCGCGUUCGGGGUCUACAGCGAGGUCCGUUACGACCGGACGCAGUGGCUGGUUCGGCACACGCGCGAGGCCGUCGACCUGUUCCAGUGGAAGGACCGGGACCUGUCUCGGAGCGCGGAGGGGUUUGGGAGGGAGAUAACAUGGCGGUUUCACGAGAUAUGGCACUAUGAUGUGGAGGAGAUGGUGGAGGAGGCAAGAAGGAAGUUGGCGGAGGUGUGA